GCUGAGGGGCGCAGCCGCUCGGGUGUCCUGUCCUCGCCGGUUCUCUCUCCGCCAGCCCGGCCGGGAACAGUGUGGGUGGUAAGCGGCCAAGCCCACUGGUGGUGGCCCCGCGGUGGGGGGUGCAUCGCUGCGUGGGCCGUGGCGGCGCGGCGGGUAAGGGGGUGCGUGUGGCUCAGGCUGCCCGGGGCCGUGUUCCCCCGUUCCCCUCCACCUUCCCGAGGGCCGCGGCCGCGCUGUCACCGCCUCACGCAGCCCGGAGCUGGCAGGACGCGGCCGCCGCACGAAUUGCUACACAAGUUUACAGUAAAACUGGAAUUUAACCAGUUAUGGAGCUGGCUCACAGUUUGUUGCUGAAUGAGGAAGCAUUAGCUCAAAUCACAGAAGCAAAGAGACCCGUCUUUAUCUUUGAAUGGUUAAGAUUUCUGGAUAAAGUACUGGUAGCUGCUAACAAGACGGAUGUCAAGGAAAAACAGAAGAAACUUGUAGAACAACUAACAGGACUCAUCAGCAGUUCCCCUGGGCCACCUACGCGAAAACUACUAGCAAAAAAUCUUGCUGCUCUUUACAGCAUUGGAGACACAUUUACUGUUUUUCAGACACUUGACAAGUGUAAUGACAUCAUCAAGAGCAAAGAUGAUACUGCAGCCUACCUGCCCACAAAACUGGCUGCUGUGGCAUGCGUUGGAGCAUUCUAUGAAAAAAUGGGCAGAAUGCUGGGUAGUUCUUUCCCAGAAACAGUGAAUAAUCUUUUAAAGUCUCUGAAAAGUGCAGAGUCUCAAGGCCGCAGUGAAAUUCUGAUGAGUUUACAGAAAGUCCUGAGUGGACUUGGAGGAGCAGCGGCUUCUUGUCACCGUGAUAUUUAUAAGAAUGCCAGAUCUCUGUUGACGGACAGAUCUAUGGCUGUACGAUGCGCAGUGGCUAAGUGUCUGCUCGAAUUACAGAAUGAAGCAGUGUUUAUGUGGACAGCUGAACUUGAGAAUGUUGCAACGCUAUGCUUCAAAGCUCUGGAAAACUCAAACUAUGGUGUGCGAGUUGCAGUGUCAAAGCUUUUGGGGACGGUCAUGGCUACAGCACUGAUACCAAAACAAGCAACAGUGAUGCGGCAGAAUGUGAAGAGAGCCACGCUUGAGGAGGUUUUGGAGCUUAUGGCCACAGGAUUUCUGCGGGGAGGAUCUGGUUUCCUAAAGAGUGGUGGAGAGAUGUUAAAAGUAGGAGGAUCAGUCAAUAGGGAAGUGCGAGUUGGUGUUACCCAGGCCUAUGUUGUGUUUGUCACAGCGUUGGGAGGUCAGUGGUUGGAGCGCAACUUUGCUACAUUUUUGUCCCAUGUACUUGAUCUGGUCUCCCAUCCUCGGGCAACUCAGACCCAUGUGGAGGCAGUUUACUCUCGAAGAUGCGUGUCCUUUAUCCUGAGAGCAACUGUGGGCAGCUUACUUGGGGAGAAAGCACAGAUUGCAGCUGCCAAAGAUAUAUGUCAAGCCAUUGGUAAACAAAUGAAGGCAGUGGAAGCAGUAGUGAAUGAUGCUAACAGUGAAAAUAAAUCAGGAGCAGCUGAUGUAGCUGCAAGCCAGCAUGUAAUGGUGUGUGCACUCCAGGAACUGGGUAGUCUGGUUCAGAGUCUGAAUGCCACUGCAUCUCCUCUUAUUCAAGAGCCCUCUAUUGGUCUGUUGGAGACAGUAACUUCAGUUCUUCUUCAUCCCAGCAUGGCUGCUCGGCUUGCUGCCGCAUGGUGUUUGCGGUGUGUAGCUGUGGCAUUGCCUUUUCAGUUGACUCCAUUUUUAGAUAGAUGUGCAGAAAGGCUCAACAAUCUGAAGACCUCCCCUGAAGCUGUUAGUGGCUACAGUUUUGCAAUGGCUGCUUUGUUAGGUGGUGUGCAUCAGUGUCCCUUAGGUAUUCCUCAUGCCAAAGGAAAGAUGGUGGUCAGUAUUGCUGAGGAUCUGUUGCGAACUGCUGCACAAAACAGCAGGCUGUCCUUGCAGCGGACUCAAGCUGGAUGGCUUUUACUUGGAGCACUUAUGACUUUAGGUCCUUCUGUCGUUCGGUAUCAUCUGCCUAAGAUGUUGCUGCUGUGGAGAAAUGUAUUUCCACGUUCUCUCAAGGAGCUGGAGGCAGAGAAGGCGAGAGGAGAUUCUUUUACCUGGCAAGUAACCCUGGAAGGCCGAGCUGGAGCUCUCUGCGCUAUGAGAAGUUUUGUUGCUCACUGUCCUGAGCUCCUUACUGAGGAUGUGAUCAGGAAAUUGAUGACGCCCAUAGAAUGUGCCAUGACAAUGAUGUCGCAUAUUCCAUCAGUAAUUAAAGCCCAUGGAGCUCAUCUCAAAGCUAGUGCAGCUAUGGUCCGUUUAAGACUUUAUGAUAUAUUGGCUUUAUUACCUCCAAAGACGUAUGAAGGAUCAUUUAAUGCACUUCUUCGAGAGUUGGUAGCAGAAUUUACUUUGACAGACAACUCUGCUAAUACAACCACAUCACUCCUAAGGUCUCUUUGUCAUUAUGAUGAUAGCGUUCUUCUUGGCUCUUGGCUGCAGGAAACGGAUCAUAAGUCAAUUGAAGAUCAGCUUCAGCCAAAUAGUGCAUCUGGAAGUGGUGCUUUGGAACAUGAUCCGUCUUCUAUUUACUUGCGCAUCCCUGCUGGUGAAGCUGUACCUGGUCCCCUUCCGUUAGGAGUAUCUGUCAUUGAUGCAUCUGUGGCUCUCUUUGGUGUGGUUUUUCCUCAUGUCUCUUACAAACAUAGAUUACAGAUGUUGGAUCACUUUGCUGAAUGUGUGAAGCAGGCUAAAGGUGUUCGCCAGCAAGCUGUGCAGCUUAAUAUCUUUACUGCUGUUCUUAGUGCCUUGAAGGGUUUAGCUGAGAAUAAAAGCACUUUAGGACCAGAAGAAGUCCGCAAAUCUGCUCUGACAUUGGUAAUGGGUGCCCUUGAUAAUCCUAACCCUAUUUUGAGAUGUGCAGCAGGAGAAGCUCUUGGCAGAAUGGCUCAGGUGGUUGGAGAAGCAUCUUUCAUAGCUAGAAUGGCUCAGUACAGUUUUGAUAAGUUAAAAUCUGCUCGAGAUGUUGUAUCAAGAACGGGCCAUUCUUUGGCUCUGGGCUGUCUCCAUCGGUAUGUUGGUGGAAUAGGUUCUGGACAGCAUUUGAAAACUAGCGUUAGUAUUCUUUUGGCUUUGGCACAAGAUGGAACCUCUCCUGAAGUCCAGACCUGGUCUCUCCAUUCACUUGCUUUGAUAGUAGAUUCUAGUGGACCAAUGUACCGUGGAUAUGUGGAGCCAACUCUGUCCUUAGUUCUUACUCUGCUCUUAACUGUUCCACCAUCACAUACGGAAGUGCAUCAAUGCCUAGGCCGAUGUCUUGGAGCUAUAAUAACUACUGUUGGGCCUGAGCUGCAAGGUAAUGGAGCUACAAUUUCAACAAUCCGUUCUUCCUGUUUGGUGGGAUGUGCAAUCACACAAGACCAUUCAGACUCGCUUGUUCAGGCAGCUGCCAUAUCCUGCCUUCAGCAGCUUCAUAUGUUUGCACCACGGCAUGUCAACCUGUCCAGUCUGGUUCCCAGUCUUUGCGUUCAUUUGUGCAGCUCUCACUUGCUGCUUCGCCGGGCUGCAGUUGCAUGUUUACGACAGCUUGCUCAGAGGGAAGCAGCAGAGGUUUGUGAAUAUGCCAUGAGCUUAGUGAAAAAUGCUGGAGAAAAGGAAAACAGUAACAUCAAUAUCAAUCCUUUUGCACCAGGAGCUGGUUCUCGGCGAGACACUCAUUCCCGGCAUCAGGGGAUUAAUAUAACAGAGACAGGCCUUGAAGGUGUCCUUUUUGGAAUGUUGGAUCGGGAGACUGAUCGGAAGCUGUGCUCAGAUAUCCAUGAUACUCUGGGACAUAUGCUUUCAUCGCUGGCAGUAGAAAACCUUUCGCACUGGCUAAUGCUUUGUAAGGAUGUCCUUGCAGCUUCCAGUGACAUGAGCACUGCAGCUCCUUUGGGAGGAGGGAAGGAUGAAGAAUCAGAGAAGAAGGAUGAGAUGGAUGAUGAUACAAUGUUUACCACCUUGGGUGAAGAGGACAAAUCCAAGCCUUCUGUAGCACCUCGUUGGGCAACUCGUGUGUUUGCAGCAGAUUGUCUGUGCCGAGUUAUCAUGCUGUGUGAGAACGCCAACAAGGCGCACUUUGAUCUGGCACUGGCUCGUUCAGCCAGACUUAAAAACCCCAAAAAUGACUUCCUGGUGCUCCAUCUCUCUGACCUUAUUCGAAUGGCAUUCAUGGCUGCGACUGAUCACAGCAACCAGUUACGAAUGGCAGGUCUUCAAGCUCUUGAAGAUAUUAUCAAGAAAUUUGCAUCAGUUCCUGAGCCAGAGUUUCCAGGCCAUGUGAUACUGGAGCAGUAUCAGGCUAAUGUUGGAGCUGCUCUGAGGCCAGCUUUUUCCCAAGAUACACCAUCUGAUAUAACUGCAAAGGCCUGCCAGGUAUGUAGUGCUUGGAUAGGAAGUGGGGUUGUAAGUGACCUGAAUGAUCUCCGCCGAGUUCACAACCUUCUUGUCUCUUCCCUGGAUAAAGUGCAAGCAGGAAAGGGAUCUUCUAGCCAGCUUUACCGAGAGAGUGCGACUACUAUGGAAAAACUUGCAGUUCUGAAAGCAUGGGCUGAGGUGUACGUUGUUGCUAUGAAAAUUAAGAAAGAAGCAGAGACCAAGCCAAAACGUGUUUUAAAGAGCACAGAGGAAGAUGAAGAUGACUUUGGUACUGUAGAUGAGUUGCCACCAGACAGUUUGAUAACACUUGUACAACCUGAGCUGCCUGCACUUAGCCGUCUCUGGUUAGCUGCGCUUAAAGAUUAUGCUCUUUUAACUUUACCAGCUGAAUUUGCUACCCAGCUUCCACCAGAUGGGGGAGCAUUUUACACUCCAGAAACAAUUGAUACAGCUAGACUGCAUUACCGAAACUCCUGGGCUCCCAUAUUACAUGCGGUGGCGCUGUGGCUAAACAGUACGGGAUUUAAUGCUUCAGAGUCAACAGAAGAGACUACUGCAUCAAUGCCCAAUUCACAGAAACGUGCUACAUCCAUUAUGUUAAACCAGACACCUGGAACUCCACCUACCACAAAAUCUUUGCCAGAGAUAAACAAAGAUCGAAUGCACUUAAUUUUGGGUGUUAGUAUACAGUUUCUGUGUUCCCCAAGACCUGAAGAGCCUGUUGAGCAUGUUACAUCUUGUUUACAAGCACUUCGUACGUUAUUGGAUUCCCCUUGUGCCAGGAUCCAUAUUGCAGAGGAUCAGCUCCUUGGUGUUGAACUCUUGAGUGUACUUCACCGACUCCUCCUGACCUGGGAUCCUCCUUCAGUCCAGCUACUGGUUACAGGAGUUGUCCAGCAGAUAGUAAGAGCAGCUCAAGAUUAUUUGCAGGAAAAAAGGAACACCCUAAAUGAAGAUGAUAUUGAGGAAAAAGAAAAUCCUCUUGCUUUAGGAGAGGGAGGUGAGAGUGGCGGUCUUGUGCCUGGAAAAUCUCUAGUCUUUGCAGCCAUGGAGUUGCUGAUGUUUAUCCUAGUACGGCACAUGCCCCAUCUGAGUUCAAAAGUGUCAGAUUCUCCAAGUCACGUUGCUACUAAGUCCCACCUCUCUGAGGAAAGUGCUCGUCUCGUGGCCGCCACUGUUACUAUAUUGUCCGACCUGCCUUCUCUGUGUUCUCCAGCAGGAUGUAUGACCAUCCUACCCACUAUCCUAUUUCUGAUUACAAGAGUGUUGAAAGAAACAGCAGUAAAAUCAGCAGAUAAUCAGGUCCCACCUCCAGUCAGUGCAGCCCUUCAAGGGAUAAAAACUAUUGUUACUCUUCCAACAGUUAAGACUGAUGAAACUCAGAAACAAUGGACAGGUCUUAUCCGCAGCACUCUGGCAUCUAUCUUGGAAUACUCUCAACCUGAAGCCUCUAAGCCUGUUCUUGAUGAAGUAAGCAUACUUACAGCUAUCACUCUCUUCCUUUGGUCAGCAAGCACUGAAAUAAUUGGAGUGCAGUGUUUACAAAAUGGAUGUAUGAACAGAUUUAAAAGUGCAUUAAAUUCCUGUGAUCCUUGGGUUCAAGCCAAGUGUUAUCAGCUUCUGCUUUCUGUGUUUCAACACACUAAUCGUGCCCUGUCAACUCCAUAUAUUCAUUCAUUGGCCCCUAUCAUGGUUGAGAAAUUGAAAGCUGUGGAAAGAAGCCGCCCGAACAACAACCUGGAGCUGCUAGCAGUCCAGGAAGGAAUUAAAGUCCUUGAAACGCUGGUAGCCCUCGGUGAAGAGCAGAAUAGAGUCCAGUUACUCGCCCUUCUGGUUCCCACUCUGAUCUCCUAUUUAUUGAAUGAAAAUGCCUUUGCUUCUGCAUCUACAGCAUCUAAGGAUCUUCAUGAAUUUGCACUUCAGAAUCUAAUGCACAUUGGUCCACUUUACCCACAUGCUUUCAAGACAGUAAUGGGAGCUGCUCCUGAAUUAAAAACACGUCUAGAAACUGCAGUCCGAGCAAGUCAGGCCAGCAAAGCAAAAGCAGCUGCUAGGCAACCACCACCUACAGUACAUUCCACCCCAACAAUUAAACUGAAAACUAGCUUUUUUUGAAUUACUUUUAUUAUUUUUGGACCAUUAAGUAGUCAGAAGCAUUAAAUUAUCCCUGAUGUGUUACUGCGUAUCUGUCUGUAAUUUUGUGUAAUUUGUAUGUGAAAGGCUGUCUAAUAGAGCUUUGUGUGAUUACUUGAAAUCCACGCAUUAAAAGGGAAGUGGUGUAUUUGUAUAGAUUUUUAGGAAAUUGAAUGUGAUCAUAUUUAUGAAUUUGUGUUAUAAGUUACCCACAAGAAAACCCAACCCUAUUAUCUGACUAGUUCUAUUUAUUUUUAAAAGCUACUCCAAACCUUUGAGUGUUUUGGUUUUUUGGUUUUUGGGUUUUUUUUUGGUUUGUUUUUUUUCUUAGGUCUGGUGAUUGUUAUCCUACUGUUGUGCCAACACACUAACACAGUGGGGACAGAGGGAAGAGGAGAAACUGUUACAAAAUACCAUGCACCAUGGGGAAUUUCAAGUAUUGAAUAUGCACUUUUUCCUUCUAAAAGUGAAGUAGGGAAGGGGAUUGUCAGAAGUUGUAGAUCAUUUCAGUUUGCAUGAAAAAAAAAACAGCUGAAAAUUUUCAGCCUUUCUCAAGGUGAUCAAACAAGCAUGCUGUCUUAAUGAGUUGUCCUUAUUUGUGGUGUACAUUAUUUCAGAUUGAUUUCAAUGCUUGAAAUUAAUAAAGGAUGCAAAGAAUCUAAUCCCCUAUCUCUUCUAAGACAAAUUUUACAGAAUGCAUUGGAAAUUGAGUUUAUAAAGAGAACUUCCUGCAAACUGCAUUUUUGUAGGUGUAGGGCACCUCAAAGGGUGCUGCGUGUUGGCACUCUUCCUGUUCUGCCAGACAGGGGUUGAAUAUGGUGAUGCAGUGCUUUGCCCUUUGUCCAAUCUCUUAGGUAUUUAACGUUCCUGCAAGAUUUUAGUCUCUGUGGAUAUAUCUCAUCUGUACUCCUCUAUAAAGUUUGCAGGGCCAAAUUACUUCAGCACUUUGCACCUGUACUGACUAAGGGAACAGCACCAAGCAUUCUUUUUUUUUUUCCUUCUCUUAUGAAGCUUUUCUUACUUGAAAAGCACGUGGCUUCCCCUCAUAUCUGGGUGAGUCUGAUCGGCAGAUUUUGGAGCUUAGAGCUCAAGGGCUGUGCUAACCUUACAGCGCAGAGUCAGUGACUCCCAAUGUCUGUCUGCUGCCAGACCUCACCUUUCCUGUUGGCAGAAGUGCAGAACCGUGUCUUUUCUUGUGUAUACAAGACUGACUUACAUGAUUUUUUUGACACUGCUCUUGAAUUUAUGGGCUUCAAUAGGGAUCCUUCUGUACAUUUUGCUUUAUAGAGAGAAGCCAUGUAACUAGAAGCCUUGGCUAGGCCUGUUGUUUCAUUUCUGAUGUUUUUCUUAAUACUUUGUAAAUUCCACGUGUUACAAGACUUCUACAUCAACCAAAAUGUAACAAAGGCUAGUAAAGAGAAUCAAAUAUGAUUAAUAGUUGACUGAAAUACCCGUAGAUCAAUAUUUUUGCAAAGUCAUUUUCAUCUAGUCUCUUUUCCUGUAAGACCUUAUAUAAACCUUUGAGUAUCUAUGCAAAAUGGAGGACAAGAAAAUGCUCUUUUGCCCUAUUGUAUUUGGUGUGUGAAAAAUAUUUAACAUAAAACCGGCAAAGUUUUUCUUUCACAGUGAAUAUUUAAGUAUUAAAGUGAAGACACAAGUAGUGCAUACUCUAAUCCAAGUCUUGUUCUUGUAAAGAAGAUACACACAGAAGUAAAACUGAUAUGCCGUAAAUGAGGAGGAAAGUAAUUUCCUCCUUAUAACUUUUUUUCAUCUUUGUAUGAGUAGUGGGAAUUAGAUUGAUUACAAUUUAUCUUUUUCUAAUAAGUGUUUCCAGCAUUACAAAGCUAUAUUUUGUAGUUCUGAACAUGUGUAACAUUUGAGAGAAAGUAUUCAGGAAACUCACUGCAAAAUUGAACACAGAAAUUUUACAAGUAAAACUAAGAAAAUCAUUGUUAUAACCUGUUCCGGAUUCCCCCCCCCCCCCCGGUAGUCUAGUCAUUAAUGACUAGUUUGUGAAACUUUUUCUGUAUAAUCAGUUUUUAUUUACCUGCAUUACUAUCUCAGUGCUUUUACGUUUUGGUUACACUCUAGUUUACAAGACGUCUGAAAAUUCAGUGAAGUGGAAGGGGGAAGUGCAGCAAUCAAGCAUAACUAAGAAGUUGGUAGAAAAGCAGGAAAAAGUUAGUGGAAGGGAAAAUGGCACUAGAUAGGUGUACAGGAAUGGAGAAGGGAGAGGUUUUUCUUUCUAUACUGUGUUACUGUAUACAACAUGCACGACUUUCAUUUAUAUAUAGCCUUCCCCAGUUUAGUACUCAUUUACUUUUAUGCUUGCUUCUGAUACUAAAGGUAUUACUGUGUGGUUUUACAUAACAUUUUGGCAUCAAUUGAUUAAAAAACCUAAAUAACUUGAAA